UGUGUAGUAAGAGCUGUUAAAUAAUUCGCGUUUCUAUUAUAUAUUCAUUAUUAUUUUUAUUUUGUUAUCGUAUAGCAAUUAAUUAAACAUUUAACAUUCAUUAUAUAGGAAAUAUUUAAAUUUUCUAUAUCUCUCAGUCGUGUUCAUAGUAUUUCAAUACUAAGUAUUAUUAAAUUAAUCGAAAAGUGGGGGAAUUACUGUAAUAGAGAGAAAAUUAAGUGUGUAUGAUGGUUACAUUGAACAUAUAUAUUAGUAGACACCUUUUUGUGUGAAGUUGUUAUUAGUUAUUUUUGAAAACAUAUACUAUAUCAGUUCACUUCCCUAGAUAAAUUAAAAGGUCAUUUAUCUUUUUCAUUAAACUUAUCAACAAUAAAUAUUAAAUAUGAGCGAUUCAGUACCAAUUCCAUCAUUUAUUAAGUUUGUGAAUGGUGGAAUAUCAGCAACUGUUGCUACAGUUAUUGUUCAUCCAUUAGAUGUCCUGAAAAAUCGUAUGCAAAUGGCGGGACGUGAUAUUAGUGUAACGGAAAGCCAAAAAUCAAUGGGAUAUAUUGUACGAUCAAUGAUUAAAGAGAAAGGUGUUUCAGCUUUCUAUCCUGGGCUUUCUGCUGGUAUAUUAAGACAAGCAACUUAUUCAUCUACUCGAUUGGGACUAUAUAAUACUCUAUUUACAGUAACUUCUGGAAAAGACAAUAAACCACCUGGUUUACCUGUUAAACUUGGUAUUGCCAUGAUAUCUGGAGUUGUUGGUGCUGCAAUUGGUACUCCUGCUGAAGUAGCUUUAAUAAGAAUGACAUCUGAUGCACAGUUACCAAUUGCUGAUAGACGUGGAUAUACUAGUGUUUUUAAUGCCUUAGCUAGAAUUGCACGUGAAGAAGGUAUAGCUACUUGGUGGAGAGGAUGUAUUGCGACCAUGGGUCGAGCAGCUGUUGUGAAUAUGGCACAACUUGCCUCAUAUUCCCAAUCUAAAGAAAUGUAUUUAAAAACUGGUUAUUUUGAGGAUAAUAUUGUCUUGCACUUUGCAUCAUCAAUGACAUCUGGUGCUAUAACAACUAUUGCAUCUCUUCCAGUUGAUAUAGCAAAAACUAGAAUACAAAGUAUGAAAAUUAUCAAUGGUGUACCAGAAUAUUCUGGCACAGUAAAUGCAAUGGUUAAAGUGGUGAAAAAUGAAGGAUUUUUCAAUUUAUGGAAAGGAAUUGUUCCAUAUUUUGCUCGAAUUGGUCCACACACAGUUUUGACUUUUAUUUUUUUGGAGCAAAUUAAUCAAGCCUAUAAAAUAGUAGCAUUUCAAAAUAGUUCUAAGAAUUAGUUUUAAUAAUAAAAACAACUUGUAUGCUUUUUUAAUUAUAACAUCUUUUAUUCCUUUUUUAACAUUCUCUUAAAACAUUUAUAUAUUUAUUAAAAUUUAGAUGUAAAAUUUAUUUAUUAUUAUUUUAUAAUGUUGUUGAUUGUAAUUAUUGUUGAGAUGUUAUUUUGUUUUAUUGAUUAUUUUAUUUUAUGGUACUCGAAAGAUUCCAGUAAUACCAUGUAUAAAGACUGUAAUAAGAAAUUAAAAUAAAUACAAGAAAUGGAUAAUAAGAUUA